UGUCUUCCAAACAAUGCGUAAAAUGUAAAAACGAUGUUUGUGUGAUAAAACCGAAGCUAGUGUGUUUCUCUUGUCUGUUGUAAAAGAACAUGUGAAAGAAACGGCGAGGUUAGCAGUCACGCACCGACGAGUUGAUCGGACUACUGAUUUGGAUCCUCCUGUAACUGCAUUUGAUUCUGGUAGAGGAGGAAGAAGAAGGGUUUCUAAUGGGAAGAGUAGCAGUUGCCGCAAUUGUGAGCUCAUGGGUUGUUCCUAUCUCCCUUCUUGUUAAUGCCAUAGUUCCUGACCCAUACAUGGAUGAGAUAUUUCAUAUACCACAGGCUCAGCAGUACUGCAGGGGAAAUUUUGGAAGUUGGGAUCCUAUGAUAACCACUCCUCCUGGCCUGUACUGUCUUUCACUUGCCCAUGUUGCUUCUUUGUUUCCAGGAUUUUACUCUGCACAAGCUGCUUCAUCUUUUUCUGAUAUGUGCUCUGCUGCAAUUCUUCGAUCAAUUAAUGGUGUCCUAGCAGUCAUUUGUAGCAUAAUUCUAUAUGACAUAAUUACUCAUUUGAAGCCUUCUCUUGAUGAUAGAAAGGCAAUGCUUCAAGCAGUGGUCCUAUCCCUGUACCCACUUCACUGGUUCUUCACUUUUCUUUAUUAUACUGAUGUUGCAUCUGUUACUGCUGUGCUGGCUAUGUAUCUUGCAAGUUUGAAGAAGAAUUAUUGGUUUAGUGCAUUGAUUGGAGGCUUUUCAGUUGUUAUUCGACAAACAAAUAUUAUAUGGGUGCUUUUUGUUGCGUGCUCUGGGAUCAUAGAUAUUUCUCUGAUGCAUGGAAAGGAUCAUGCAAGAGCAGCCCAGUCAGAUGUAUCCAUUAGCAAGCCUAGUUUGACACAUGAUGGUGGCCUGAGUACAACAGGUUUAUAUAUGAGAAAAAGAAAGUCUGUGAAAUCAGUGGAUAUUGUUGAAAGCUCUUUGCCCAGUAGACAUGCCUCAUCUUCUUUCCCUUCAGGUUUGAUUGAUGAAAUUCAGGCAAUCCUAGUAGCAUUAUGGCAUGAGAAGUGGGGGCUUUUGAUUUCAUUUAGUCCCUAUCUUAUCGUGUUAGUAGCAUUUAUUUUAUUUCUACGUUGGAAUGGGAGUGUCGUUCUAGGUGCAAAAGAGGCUCACACAGUUACCCUACAUUUCACUCAGCUACUUUAUUUUAGCUUGGUUUCUGUAUUGGCUCUGGCUCCUUUGCAUUUCACUGUCACCCAGGCUGUGGAACUGUUCCAGUUGUUUUGGAAAUAUAGGCCCCGUUGUUUCUUUGUGGGGUUCAUAGCCCUUAUUAUUGGCUUUCUGUCAGUACACUUCUUCAGUGUAGCUCAUCCAUACCUUCUUGCUGAUAAUCGGCAUUACCCUUUCUAUCUGUGGAGGAAAGUCAUCAUGGCUCACUGGUCAAUUAAGUAUCUUCUGGUCCCAAUUUACUUAUGUUCAUGGCUCUCCAUCAUCCAUAUGUUGGGGAAAUCUCAAAAGAAAAUCUGGGUGUUGGCAUACGUUUUGGCUACAGCUGCUGUUCUAAUACCAACCCCACUGAUAGAGUUCAGAUAUUACACAAUACCAUUCUAUUUCCUGGCUCUUCACUGUAGUAAAAAUGAUAGUCAAAGUUGGCUCCUCAUAGGAAUGGUAUAUGUUGGUGUGAAUAUCUUUACAAUGAUGAUGUUUCUGUUUCGUCCAUUUCAUUGGGAUCAUGAACCUGGAAUUCAGAGAUUUAUUUGGUGACAAAAAUACAUCAGAAAAACAAGAAGCUCGUGGCAGAACAGGGGGAGGGGUGGAGGGAGGUCCUCCCUUGAAUGUUUGGAUCAGCUUCUUUUUUCUCAAAAUCAAUUCUAACACCUAGAAUUUCUCUCCAUAAUUGAUUUUGGCUUUAGAAUCAAUUGUAGAAGAAUUUCCAAACAUGGUUCAAUCAUGUGGAAAGCUUAAUCAGUUUGUCCUUUUGAAGGAAAUCUUUCUUCCUUAUUCCUCUCCUUCCUUGAUGGAGCUAUGAUUCAAUUUGAGGUUACCACCUUACCGGCUAUCAAAGUUUUUUCUAGCUUAAUUAGUUCACACUUCUUUUCAUCAAGUGAAACACUAGUUCAAAUGAGUGUAUUAGUGUUUUUUCUUUCCCCGUUCCAUGAAUGAAGAUUAGCCAAUAUUGGAUGGACAAAACCUGAGUUGAAUGCAAGCUAUGCAUAUAUUGAAUGGGAAUUUUACACAAUAAAUACUAAUUAACAUCUUCACAGUUC